GUGCAGUCACUCGUCCUCUCGCGAAGCGGCGCGACCACCCCUGAGGGAAGCGGCGGCGGGGCCAACGGGGGCUUCGAAGGGCGGUGAGAGAGGAAGGAGACGGCAGCCAUGUCUGUGGAGCGUGCCUUUGUGCUCAACAACAUCGAGAUCAGCCUUGAAAACCUGGUGUUCUUCUCCCUGGUUGAUGGAGCGGUGCAGUUGCAGUCGGAGAACCUCACCAGCGUCCUGUCAUCCAUACUCGCUGCGCUUGUCGAGCAGACAAACAAGGCCACUCGAUUGGAGAGGGUACUGUACACAGCCACCCAAGCACCGUGACAUGCUGAGCCCCUGUGUGUACUUACUUGUCUGUGCGUCCGUAGUGCAUGAUGAGUGUGUGUCCAUGGUGUGUGUGUGCAUGUCUUGAUGCAGCGUGUGGAGCAGCUGACGAGCGAGGGCAAGACGAGCGAGAAGAAAGCAGAGAAGGUCCUCAAGGAUCUUGGCGACAUCAAACACAGGGUGGAUGUGCACCAGAAGGCUCUCAACAUCACCUUCACACACGAUGGCCAAGCAUGUAAGUACGCUGACGCUAGCGCUUCACUGUUGGGUGGGUGUGGAGGUCCGGCCGGUCAUGUGCCUGCCUGUCUAUGUGUCGGUGUGUUGGUUGAUGUGCGUCCAUGCAGCUGGCGGUUUGCUGGAGACUCGGCAGGAGAUGGAGGGCGUCAGGGAGGAGAUGGAGGGCCUCAGGCGGACGUUCAUCACCACACAAACAGGCACCCACAAACAAACUGCGUACAUUCGACAGUAGAUAGAAUAUGGUACGUAUGAGUGUGCGUUCCAUCGUGCAGGUGUGGAGUCGGCCAAUCGGCGGAUGAAUCAGCAGGAGGAGAGGCUCGAGAAAACCAAGACCUUCGUGGGCACACAGGACACCAACAUCAAGGCUCUGGAGGAGAGCGUCAAUCACCUCUACUCCGAGACAGAGAGGCUCACACUCGACAGCGAGGAGCUGCACAGGAACCGCGAACAGGUACCUUUCUUUUGCAGCGUGUUAAAGGAAGUUGAAGCGACAAUUAAGGGGAGGAAACAAGCAAGGGGCUCGUUCGUUCCCUAUCUGUCUGUCUGCAGGACUACUUGAUGGUCAAGAAAAUCGAGGACAAAAAAGUCGACAAAGAAAAGGUCGGAGGAUGGGAUGGGAUGGGAUGGACGGUGUGUCUCUUCCCCCUCCCCGUAUUCGUACCCAUUGUGUGUGGUGGACUGACUGCAUGCAGUUGGAGGCGCUGAGUGUGAGCAUGAAGACCGUGGAGGGUCGGCUGUACGAGACGCUCGACGAGGUGGCCACCUUUUCGGAGAAGGCCAGGCGCUUCGCGGCAGCGCUCACCAGCUUCGACGAGGCCAGGGCAUCCAUCAACGACUUCGCAAACGUACGCGAGAGCGAGGCGCACUGAGGUGACAUUACAUUGCAUUGCAUUGCACGUCUCGUGUGUGUAUGCAUGUGAGUGACACAUGAGAGCAGGAGAUCAAGGGGGACGUCUCUGACAUAAAGUCAUGGACAGCCCGGAGGUGCGACGACAUUGACCGUGCCAUCAACGAGCAGCGGGCGCACCUAGAGGCUCAGGUGGGUGAGACGACCUCUCGGGCAACGCUCCCUGUCACUGUCCAUGUGUGCAACACUGCACUCACUGCAUGUCAGUGGGCGGCGCUGUCCGAGCAUCUCAAUGAGACAGAGCAGGCGACCGCCGAUCAGGUGCGGCAGUUCGUGGCAGCUCUGCAGCAGUUCCACGAGGAGGUGAGUGAGGCAUGUCGGGUGGAAGAUGAGAUGCUAUCACCUCACUGCACUGCACUGCACUGCACCAUUAUGCCAUGCAUGCAGGCUUUGCAACGCGAUCGCCAUUUGCGCGCACUGGGCGAGGUGCUGACCGAAAUGACGGUACGUACGGUGCGCAAGGAACGGACAGGCGGCGGGUGUGUCUCGACCUCCCACUAUAUAGCUAGCGACGUGUGCUGUACGAUUCAUUCAUUAAUGUGUGUAUGGUAUGUCGUGUGGUGCGUGUAGGAGAGCAUCAGCGACGAGGCCCUUGGGGGGCUGAAGUGCCUCUCGUGCCAGAAGCCCACCGACGGCACACUCCGCUCGGACGUCGCCGUUAACCUGCAGCGUGAACGGUCCAAGGAAUUCAUCUUCCAGCAGGUAUAUAUGAAGCGGAAACAGACUGGACGGAGGAGCUUGCGCUGGGAGGGACACACGUGUGUGGGUGCCGUCUUGUGUCUUGUGUGCUGUGCAGCUCCAGAAGGUAAUGGUUUCUCUCCCUCCCUCCACGCCCUCACCCACAUCCCAGGCACUCAAACUGCUCGCUGUCAAUGUAAGCAUACAAAGGCCAGGCCGGACACCGUACCGUACCAAUGCACACACGUCACGUACACGACACGUAGCCAUUCGGGUGAGGUGACCCAUCCCAUCAAAACACGCGUUGAAUGCAUUCACCUGAAUGAAUGCACGGUCAGGUUGGCCGUCCUUCCCGAACGAUCGGCACCGACGGCGCGGUGUAUCGCACGACGACGGAGAGCAAGGGGAUCGACGUCGGCACCGUCACACUCACCGUGGCCACCAACCAGCGGACCACACCGUCCUCUCGCGGCGGGGGAUUCUUCCACCACUCUACGCGGUCAGGAAAAGAAGAGACACAGGCGCAUCCCCGAGUCUCAUCGAUGUCGAUGAAUUUUGUGUCUGUCUUCAGUCUGACUCCCCGCAGCCCUCGUGACGCUCCCAGCCGUGGCGCCCUGUCGACUCCUGUGUCUCCCCAGAGAGGCCCACAACACCUCAUCCCCACAGCUGCCGGCCGGUCGGCUUCAAAAACACCCGUAUCACCAAGGGCCAAACUAGAAAGUAUCGAUGGAGUGAUCAACAAGCCGACGUGCCACCCCACCUGUACUUUGUCUCUUUGUUUCCAGGCACAGACGAGCUGUAUGACUCAUCAGCGUCCUCCAUUAUGGACAUUGCCACCCCCAGGCCGCAGCAGGCCUCACCACAGCCGCCAAUUCCCCGGAACCACACCACACACACGUCCCCUCUCGAGAUGACCCCCGACACAGCCGCCAUGCGUGCGCCCAUGACCGACCGCCCCAGGCCAUCCACAGAGGGCAGCCCCAUCAUGUCUCUCCCCCAACCUCCACGGAGCAGACUGUUGAGCGGACUGCUCACCUCACCCAAGGGAGAUGGUGCUAGUGGUGCUAGUGGUGGUGGUGGAGCCAGAGCUACACAGCGACCAGGCAGCGGGAAAGGGAAAGACGUUCAGCGGCCAUCGACGCCACAGCCGGCUGAUGGUCCCGAUGCACAACUUGACGAGGCACGGCACGAACAGGAGCAAACCAUUCCGUCCGAUAGGUGAGCUCGGCGUCGGAUCAUUUUGUAUGUCUUCCCCUCCGUAAGCGCGUCCCUUGUGUGUGUGUGUGUGUGUGCACAUAGGUCGCAGCUCUUCUCCCCGCGGGAAUGAUGCGAUGCAUGUCCGUGGGCUGAGUCCCUAUUGAUUCAAUAUCGCAAUACUUGACGUGUCUUGCAUUUCCCAUGCUAUCGCCAUGUAGUAUGAGUCAACGGAUCCAUCACAUGAGCCCAUGCACCGUUGAUAGCCGAAAGUGGACAAUGAAUGCCUCAACUAAUGCAUUCCGUGAGUG